AGCGAAGGUCUGACGGACCAAGAACGGGCGUGCUGGUAGGAGGGAACAUGCCAGUAGUUCCGCCCUGCAGCAAGAUGGUGGCGGGCAGUGGCGGUUCCGGACAUCGGCGGCGCGGGGCGCUGCGGCUGCUGAUGCGGGUCGGGUUGGUUCUGCUCACGCGCUUCCCGUUCUGGCACUGCCUCAGCGGCCUCCUUCUCAAUGCCGAGCGCGCCGAAGCCCGCCGAAAACCAGACAUCCCUGUCCCGUUUCUCUACUUUGACAUGGGUGCGGCGGUGCUAUGUGCCAGCUUCAUGUCCUUUGGAGUAAAACGCCGGUGGUUUGCCCUGGGGGCCGCCCUGCAGUUGGCCAUCAGCACAUAUGCAACAUAUAUUGGUGGCUAUGCACACUAUGGAGAUUGGCUGAAGGUGAGGAUGUAUUCACGAACAAUAGCCAUCAUUGGUGGUUUCUUGGUCUUGGCAAGUGGGGCUGGUGAGAUCUACCGCCAGAAACCGCGGAACAGGUCCUUGCAGUCUACUGGGCAGGUUUUCAUUGGCAUCUACCUCAUUUGUGUGGCUUACUCCCUCCAGCACAGCAAGGAAGACCGCCUGGCCUAUCUCAGUGGCAUCCCAGGCGGGGAAAUUGUCUUACAGCUUCUCUUUGUUCUCUAUGGGGUGCUCGCUCUCUCCUUCCUCUCUGGCUAUUACAUCACCACAGCCGCCCAGAUCCUGUCCGUCAUCCUCCCUCUGGUCGUCCUCUUUAUUGACGGCAACUUGGGUCAUUGGCAUGAUUCCUGCCGAGUUGAAUUCUGGAAUCAAAUGAAGCUGAUUGGACAGAACGUCGGGAUCUUUGGGGCCUCCAUAAUUUUGGCCACUGAUGGCUGAGAAUAGAUCUGCGACACUUGAAGCAUAGCGCUUGAUUUGGUGGUGGGUAUGGGGAGGAGAGGUUUGCAGAGAAGAGACUCUGGUUUUUUUUAAUUGCUUAUUUAUUUUUGAUUUUACUGCAUCUUAAAAAUUCCUUGUUCCUCCCCACUGACAGCUAAAUGAACUAGUGGGUUUUUUCAAAUCCGGAGUCAUUCCUAUAUUAUUUUACUUUCAAUGGAUAGUCCAGUAGCCUUCCUGCGUUCUAGCAACUGUGAAAAUCUGUAAGAACAAGUGGGUUUAAGGCACUUGGCUACAUAAGUGAAGUGUUUGGGUUGUCAUCUCAUUUGAGGGGAGGGGACAGGGUGGAAUUUUGCUUCCGGGCCAGUCAGUAGGUUAAAGAUAUCUUGACAAAUGUCACUGCCUGUGUUAAACCUACCUUGUGUGUGCUGGGGCUAAAACCCACCCCUGGGAUGGGUAGCGAAAGACACAGAGAGAAUGUGAUUCUUCUUUGUUCUGCAUGCAGGAGUGUCUAGAUCAGGUGCAAGGAACCUUUGGCCCUCCAGAUGUUGCUGAAAAACAACUCCCAGCAGCCCCAGCAAGCAUGGCUAAUGCCUGGGUUGAUGAGUGUUGCAUUUCUGGAACAUCUGGAGGGUCAAAGAUUCCCCACACCUGGUCUAGAUGGGGGAGGUGGUUGUAGAGCAUGCAGUUCUUUAUAUCAAACAGGCAUAAGUCUUUGAACGGUUCUCAGGUUUUUGGGAGCCACAGAGCCUUUGUUGCAUGGGCUGGCCUGUACCAAAGCUUUUGUGAAGCUGUCAGGGCAGGUGUAAACUGCAAGCUACAAGCAGCUGGGUAAAACUGUUUCAUCUGGUGGCGUAAAGAAACAGUUCCCUGCUACAUUCUGGCAUGACGGACAGUAGAUACUAUUUUAGUGCACCGCCCAUGACUGCUCCCUGAUGAAAUGGGAUGGCAAACUAUGGGCAUUGUUAUCCUUGUGUUUAUGGGAAAGGGAGGGCUAAUCCAGCACUACAUUUUCUAUUUAACUCUUGGAGCUGGUUUCCAAAUGCUUGGUCAGUGGAUUGGGGCAAGGGUGGGUUAUUGAGGAAGUCAAACCUGGAGAUCAUUGCCCGUAACCCUGCAAGGGCCCAGCUCAGAUUUGACAAUAUGAGGCUUGGAAAUUCUUCUUGCUGCUUUGCCCCACUGAGCAGGCUUUGUGAGUUAAUACUUUCUGGGGAUCAUUUGUGCCUGGGCUGGGGAACCUGCGCCCCUUCAGAUGUUGCUGGGCUACAGUUCCCAUCAUCCCUGACCAUUGGCCAUGCUGGCUGGGGCCAGUGGGAGCUGGGGUCCAACAUCAUCUGCAGGGCUGCAGGUUACCCAGCCCUGAUUUAUGCCAAGCGCACAUGAAGGAGACAUAGGCCAUAGUCUGCAACCCCACUUAAUCUUCAUUAGCAUAUGAUACAGAAGUCAGGUGAAAAAUGAUUGAUGGUGUCUGGAAUUGUGGGGAAAUGCAGAAUGGGUCAAAUGGGACAGCCACCAGUGCUUUAGACUUUCAGUGUUUUCUUCAUCUGGCUUGGUUUGAUGGAGCAAGAAAAUGAAGUGUGUUAAAGUCCAGGUUGCUCUUGAUUCUGCUGAAUCCAGUGACAAAGGAUCUGGAAUAUUAGUACCAAGGCUACUUAAAAUUAUAUUGCAAAUAGCCUGGGCUUGGUGAGAGGGCUCUACAGCUACAGAUCCCUGAGACAAUGCACCAAGGAAAUACAUUUGCCAGGUAUUUUCCCAUCGCCAGCACCAUUUGCAGAAUUUGGGUAAGACGGAGUGGUUCUUUUGCACUGAGGAAUGGAGUACCUUAAUUUUCCAAGUUGCUUAUUUGCAAGAACAAGUUGUUUCCGUGUCUGCAAGAUCAUGUUUGGUGCAUUUUAUUUAUUAUUUCUGAACCUAACUGACAGUAGAAGGCUUGAUAUUGAGAACUAAAUCAUUGCUCUGUAAGUAUUAACCUUUUCCCAAAUUCUCAAUUGUUUCUCUCUCUUGAAAAGAACGAAGGGGCAGGAGGGGUUCCCAGUAUAUUCAUAAAUAUUUGAAAAUUUAGCAUCUCGGUGAGUCGCCACCCAGCAAAAAGAACACGUGUGCUGCAACAUGUUUCCGUAGUUGAAUUGCUGUGCUAGGUAGGGGCACAAGAAGUUGCUGCUGGUGGGUGGGGGUGACCUGCUCCCAUGGAGCACACUUAACCCCCCCCCCCCUUUGCAUCUGAUUGGGUUCCUACUCUACCACCCGUGCACAAGCUAGCUGCAGUUUAUCUUCAUGUACACAGCCUUCUGUUUCUGCGGCUGCAUUGGAUUGCUUUUCGGGGAAGAGUGUGCUUUGAGUGCUUUUUGUCAGGGUGCGUGGGUAAGGGUUAAAAACAACAACCCUUGUCUAAGUUGAGCACCCCCUUGGCUUUUCCUGUGUAUAGGUUGAAAUGUGGGGGUAAGAUGUUUGUGUUCAGCUGAGGCUAGCAAGGAACUUAAAAUGCUGCCCAGGAAAUCACUCCUGGAAAACCCCGGUCACAUGAUCAGUUUGAAUGCAGUAAUAAUAACAAUAAAGCCUGUGUUCCUCCACUGUAGUCAUAUCCAAAGCACUCCUGUGGAGGCACUUUGGAACUGAAUUGGCUCUUAGAAGGCAUUGCUGUUUGGGAAUCAAAGACCAUUUAAACCCCGUUACCCAUACCCUGCACUCCCCUUUCUCUCCCCUUUUCCAUAUCAGCAAGUAUUGCUGAUGACUGUCUUCCUUGACUUUUUCUAAACCACACUGUGUUUGGAACGGAUAAAAAUAAACACGCUCUUGUCAGUCUCCCA